AUGGUUUGUGCAGAUCAAGUUUGGUAUUCAGAAUCUAAGUCUUUCUUCAGUUUUGUCAGAGCCAUUGAUCCCCAGAACGUGCUUCAUAUUGAUGCGUCCUCAGCUGCGAGAAUCUCAUCAUCAAAUCCAUGCAUGAUGAAGUUGAAGGGUGUUAGAUGCGACUCUGAAGGUACCAACAUUGUAGUAAUCAGGUUAGAGAACAUGAAUCUAAGUGGGACAAUUGAUGCGGAAUCACUGUGCAGGCUUAAGAAGCUGAGGGUUUUGAACUUAGCUGAGAAUACCAUCAGAGGUAUUCUUCCAAACUCAAUUCUUAACUGUGCCAGGUUGAGUUAUCUGAAUCUCUCAAGCAAUCAUUUGAGUGGGAAAACACCCAGUGGCUUAAUGAAACCCAAGUUUCUGAGAAAACUCGACAUCUCCAACAAUAACUUUGCUGUGAGCCUUCAUCAUCAAGAAUCUAAUCACUUCUCUGCUCAUUCGUUGAAUGAAGAAGAAGGUGGAAUCCAAUCAAUGGCAGAUGCUCCCGUUAGUACCAUUACUGUAUCCGAUGAUGAAGGAGACGAUUUCUCGAUCCUAUACGUUUUGGUCAUUGGAAUAAUGUUGUUAUUUUUCGGCUUUUACUUCGCAAGCAUUCGGGUUGGGCAAAAAAGUAAUAAUGCAGAUAAUAAAAAUAAUAAUAAGACGUUGAAGAGCAUUAAGCAGUUUCAUAUCAGAGAGGCUACAACUGAGGUCAAGGAAGAACAAGAAGAAAUGAAAAAGAUGAAGAAAAUUAGAGAUACAGAUGAGCUUGUGUUCUUUGAAGAGAAUGAGAGAUUCACAAUGGAGGAUCUUCUUCAAGCCACUGCUGAGUUAAGAAGCCAAAGCUUCUGUAGCUGCCUUUAUAAGGUAAAACUCAAGAACGGCGCUCAUUAUGCAGUGAAGAGAUUGAAGGAUUUGCAGAUAUCUCCAUAUGAUUUCAAUGAAACAUUGAGGAGGAUAAGCAUGUUGAAACAUCCUAAUAUCCUUCCCCUUGUUGGUUACCGUUCUGCCACUGAAGAAAAACUCGUCAUUUACAGAUAUCAGAACAAUGGAAGUCUGCUAAAUCUUUUCAAGGACCAUCUUGAAGGCAAGAAAUAUUUUCCGUGGAAGCUGAGGCUAUCUAUGGCACGAGCGAUAGCAAAAGGAUUGGCAUUUAUGCACCAGAAAAUAGAACAACAAGGAGAUAUAAUUCCACAUGGGAAUCUAAAACUAUCAAAUAUCCUACUCAACAACAGCAACGAACCACUGAUAAGCGAGCAUGGAUUAUCAAAGUUCCUAGACACAACGACAAGAUUAUUCUUCAUUUCUGGCCUGGCAUACACAGCCCCAGAGAGGAGUUUAUCAGAAAAGGCCGAUGUUUAUAGCUUUGGAGUGAUCCUCUUAGAGCUACUCACGGGGAAGAGCAUAGAACUGAGCGGAAUAGAUCUCACAAAGUGGGUCAGAUCAAUGGUGAAGGAGGAAUGGACAGUGGAAGUGUUUGACAAGGAGGUUAGGGAAAGUGAACAUCAGUGGGCAUUUCCUGUGUUAAAAACAGCCCUUAUGUGCGUUUCGAGUCUCCCAGAAACACGACCUUCCAUGGAAGAGAUCGUGGAGAUGAUAGAGAAAGUGAUGAUGGAGGAGAAAGAAGGUGAUGAUGAUAAUAAUGUUCACACAACUUGCUGCCCUAUUGUUGGAUCCAAUAAAAAACAAGAUUUUUGCUCGCUUCAUAAGAUCAUUCCUGAUACGUGGGAUUCUCCGGCAUCCAAUUAUUGA